CUUACGGACACCUAUGAGAGCAGAAGAGAAAGAAAUGAAAGUCUGAUGCUGAUGUUGAAAGUCCAGUGAAGCCGAAGCAAGAAAGAUGGCAGCUGAAGGACCACAGGCCUCCAGAGGUGAUAUCUCCAAUCUAAUAGACUUGAGGAUUGUGCUGCUGGGGAACAGAGACGCUUGGAGGAGUUCAGCAGGAAACACCAUCCUGGGCAGAGAAGAGUUUGACCCUGAUGUGAGAACACUGCAGUGUGUGAAGAGACAGGGAGAGGUAGCAGGGAGACAGGUCACUGUGGUGGACACUCCAGGAUGGAAGGAUUAUAGUGAAUGUUAUUAUAAGGACUCUCCUAAUCUCCUUAAACAGGAGAUUGUUCUCAGUGUGACUCUGUGUCCUCCAGGACCUCAUGCAUUUCUGUUGGUCAUCCAUGAGAACAUGACCUUCACAGAGGCAGAGAGAAAAGCCACAUCAAACCACCUGAAUCUUCUGGGCCAUGGAGCCUGGAAACACUCUCUAGUUCUGUUCAUUCAGGAGACUCCUGCAGAAGAGAAAGCCUUUGAGGUUAAAGGGAAAAUGCUCCAGCAGCUUGUAGAGAAUUGUGGGAAAAGAUAUCAUGUCCUCAACAUCAAGAACAGGGAUAAAAUGCAAGUCACAGAGCUGCUGGAGAAGAUAGACAAGAUGGCGGCCGGGAAUAGCAACAGUCAUUAUGAGAUGGACAGACAGAGACUGGAGGAAGUAGAAGAGAAGAGAAGAAAAGACAAAGAAAAGGGAACACGAACAGCGAUAUCUAACCGAUUAUUAACAAUAUCUAACCGAUUAUUAACAAUAUCUAACCGAUCAUCAGCAGGAACAUCAUCACCCCUAUCAGAGUUGAGAGUUGUGCUGCUGGGAUUUAAAGAUGCUGGGAAGAGUUCAUCAGGAAACACUAUCCUGGGCAGAGAGGAGUUUCAGCCUGGACAGAGAUCUGCUGUUUGUGUGAAGAGACAGGGAGAUGUAGCUGGCAGGCAGGUCACUGUGGUGGAGGCACCUGGAUGGUGGAGUCAUUAUUCUAAGGAGUGGAGCCCUGAAAUGACCAAAAGAGCAAUUCAGCUUAGUCCAGCACUGAUGGAAGGCAGGUGA